GGAAGAGGGAGGGAGGGAGGAAGAGGAGGGGAAAGAAGGAUGGAUCGGACGCCCCGGCGGUGGUGUGGGCUUCGGGAUUGAUCGCUCCGGAAGCAGCGGCGCCAGAGGGAGGGAGGGAGAGACCCAGAGAGCCUACAGCGCUGUCUGUGGGCCACCUUGUUACUAUGUAGAGAGGGAAUCGUAACCAAGUAUUGAUUGCAAAUGAAAAUGGAAGGAAUGUCUUCAUCCGGCCUGGAGAACAGCAAAUCCGAGGCCAUAGCACAUGAGAUCUAUUCGGAUCUCGUAGAAGAUGCGUGUCUGGGGCUUUGCUUUGAGGUUCAUCGAGCCGUGAAGUGCGGAUAUUUCUUCUUGGAUGAGACAGACCCGGACAGCAUGAAGGAUUUUGAAAUUGUCGAUCAGCCGGGUGUGGACAUUUUUGGUCAAGUCUACAACCAGUGGAAGAACAAGGAGUGCGAGUGUCCCAACUGCAGCCGCAGUAUCGCUGCCUCCCGCUUCGCGCCACACCUGGAGAAGUGUCUGGGGAUGGGUCGCAACAGCAGCCGCAUUGCAAACAGGAGAAUAGCCAGCAGCAACAAUCUCAGCAAAUCUGAAAGUGACCAAGAAGAUAAUGACGACAUCAAUGAUAAUGACUGGUCGUAUGGCUCAGAGAAAAAAGCAAAGAAGAGAAAGUCCGAUAAGAAUCCCAACUCGCCCCGGAGAUCCAAAUCUCUGAAACAUAAAAAUGGGGAGCUCAGUGGAAACCCCGAUCUAUAUAAGUACAGUAAUAACUCCGGCAUCAAUUAUGAAAACCUGGGUCCUGAAGAAUUGUGUUCUUUGCUGACGACGCAAUGUGGUGUCAUCUCAGAACAUACAAAGAAAAUGUGCACGAGAUCCUUACGGUGUCCCCAGCACACGGACGAGCAGCGGAAAUCUGUACGGACCUACCUUCUGGGCUCUUCAGCUUCCCUGCCAGAUUCUGAAGUCAGUGUGGAGAACGAGAGUUACGAUGCCUCGGAGAGCCAAUCGUUUAUGAGCCGGCUUCAAUGGGACGGGACUUCCGAUAUUUCACCUUCGGAUUCUGCCUCCUCUAAAGCAAGUACCAACAACUCUGACUCCAAGAAGAGCAAAAAAAAGAAGCCUCACCUGGGUCUCCCCAGUGCCUCUGGCCUGAGCUCCAAUAAAAAGAAGAAGCUGAAAGCGCCAGCUCUGCCCACUGCUAGCAUUUACGACGACAUCAACUGAAGGAAGUGGCGCUGACUUUGUUUUGUGUUCUUUCUCGACGAGUUUUCCCCCCGUGGGCAUUUGCUGUGGCAAGGUGGCAUGCCGGCCACCCCACUCGGAUCAGGAGGAGUGACUUGGAUUCAGGACUGUGUUUGACCCUUGGCUGCCUGUGGUGGUGUAAGCCGAAGGCUUCAUUCCAUCAUGGCUUGAGAUUUUUUUCCUAUUUAUUAUUCGAAGAAUGAGGGAUGUUUUUUGCUGGGUGUGUCAAGCUGAUGAAACGUCGCUGUUUAACUCUGCUAUUAAUUGUGUAUCGAGCCUCUUGAAUUUAUGGUGCGUACCCAUGACUAAAUCUGCCACUCACUCGUUUCUGACUAUCUUUCAGAUCAACCUCACUCAGCCCCGAUCCGCUAAAUUUCACAGAUUUACAACUCCGUUGUUCAGCCCCUUCCUACAGAGUGGACUUUUUAUAACUACCACAGGGCACUCAAAGCUUUUGCUGUGCCAGUCGUACUGAGUUUCUGUGUGUUCGGCAGAGCAAAGGUUCGCUCGCUGAGUGAGUAACUACGGCGUUUGAGAGGUAAAAGGUUUAUAGUCUUUGUUCUUCCCAAGAGCUGAGGGAGCAGUGAUCAACAUGAGUGCAGUACGUGAGAGAAUUCAGAAGGAAGGGUCAUUUUGGAAGCAAGACUGGGUGUCUCAGCAUGGACAAGUCCGUUAAAUCAGAGUAAGAAGCCAUCAUCUCAAGCAGAGGCUUUUUGUAUGUUGGCUUAUCCAGACGAUAAUUCAAAAUUAUCCAACUUGUCCAGUGCAUCUUUCUAUAAAGCACCAGUCUUUUCCAAAAUUCCCACCCAAUAGAGUGAACAUCACCUGUAAAUACUACAAGGGUUAGGUAUGUGUUGUCUUGACCUUGUAUCAAUAUUUGGGCGCAAUGUUAUUUAUGAUUUGUAAUGGAUUGACCACUCAAAACCGUACCCCCAACAUUUCACUGUUUGAAGGAUAUGAACUCAAUGAAUGCAGUCGUGUGGACCCGAUGAACGGUACAUAACAGGGUCGAGUCACAGGCUUGUAAUGCAGUGUAGCCUGUGGAUCCAUGGUGGUUAGACUCCUGUGGCGAUUGCCAGUAAUAUUCGAUCGACACAAAUGGUAGGAUGUCUUGCUGAAAAUCUUAACCUUUGACUACCACCAAAUAUUACCAAACGACCAAGACAGCAACCGAGUGCAACCUGGGUGUUAUGCAAUGACCAUUGUGAUAGCACCGGUGGCCCCAAAUAUAGCGAGUUUACGGAUCGACCUUCUCAGUGCAGAUGGGCCAUAGCCUUUCACAGCAACUCCUUGUGACGUAUUCUUCUCGAUCUUUACUCGCAUCACAGCAUUGUUGACCAAAGCUGGGGGCCAGAUUGGAGGUGAGGGGGUAUGCUUGCUGAGGGAGGAGAGUCCUCGUUUGGUAGUUAUUUGUCUAAAACAGCGUGGUGUGUGUGGGACCAAAUUGGAGUAGACAUUUCAUUAUGUUUCACAAUUGAGAAGCUGGAAUUUAGUUUUUUUUUAAAAAGUAUAUAAUAGCAAACCUAAGAUUUGGAACGGGUGGGGAGAAGGCUGAUUUGCCUCUCAACAUUCUUCUCGUUAGGAGAAGUGGUCUGCGUGUUGCUUCCUGCCAGGCAGUUGUGAAGCUGCCCAACACUAAAAACCAUUGCACUUUACGUCUGUGUGUGUGUGUGUGUGUGUGUGUGCGCGCGCGCGCGCGUGUAUGCUGGACUCUUAAAAGGUUCUCUGGACUUGAUACUGCCCUUAUCAGGGCAUUGCAAAAAGAACCAACGCAAUUUUUAUUUUUUUUGCAAAAUGUCUGCCGGUGAACCCGAGCGACAUGUCGCAGAUUUCAGUUGAGAGGAGAGAGAAAAAAAACACAAAAAUCAUGAGUGAAUUCGGCAAAACGUUCCCUGCGUUCAAAUGUUCUGUUUUGGAGCCAGCUAGCUGAUUGCCUGAUUUCCAGUGGCACAUGGAACGCUUUUGUACCAUUAUUGUUGCAUGACUAAAACUUGUGCUUCCAGUUUCGCAAUGUCUGUUUUAAAAAAGAAAUUAAAUCAAAGAAUUAACUGCGGCAGAAUCCUUGCUGUGCAGGACAACUGCAGUCUAUUUUUGUUAGCCGAAUAUUCUAUGUUCACCCCCUUCGGUGCAUGGAGCACGGAAGGACCAGGCAUGAUCAGGCUUGAAUUUGCCAAUAAUUUAUUGGCUGUAAUUUUUUCUGCUUUGUAUUUUGUCUUGUACAAUUAAUGCAAUUUACUUUUUUCCACUAGGAAUGUAGCUGUCAAAAUGGGGGUGGGGUGGGGGGGAGCUCUGGUCUUAACAAUACUGUUUAUAGUAUUUUUUUAAAUAAAACCAAGUUUUAAAUAUGUUUUAGUUGGAUAAAAUUUGGCAUUUAUGUAUCUAUUCCCCAACCCCACCUCCGCACCCAAAUUGCUGCUGCAGCUUUUGGUUUCUCCCACUUCCGCUAACUGAACAGUGUCGGUGGAGACUGGCCAAUGGUCAGUUUAUGAAUUGUAAAAGAGUGAAUGCUCUGCAGGUUAUUUCGCCCGCCUGAGAAAAAGCUAAACUGCUUUCAGCUUCAGCUGCUAUCUCCUAGUUUUAAGCUUCUGUUUGUAUCAGUAUUCUGUUGGGACUGGAAUAUCAAGUGUUGGUGCAAGAGAUCACUAGAUGCCCAGUUGCCUUUUGAAUGGAUGCUUUUUGUGAUACCCUCUCCAAUGGAAGAGUUGUUCCACUUCAUGAUUGAUCAACAGUUUAUGCAGGAAUUAUUAUGCCAUCCCAAGAUGCUUAGCUGUUGGUUAUACCCUUGUAGGUUACAAUCCUAUCUCUCUCUAUUGCUCUCAGCGAGGCCGAGAGGUUAUCAGUUCCUUGCAUCAUUCCACCAUCUUCAAGAGGAGAGAGACAGACUCAGCCCACCGAUCUGAACUGUGACUGCUUAAUUGAUCAGAAGUCUGUGAUCCAAAGUAGUGUAUCUUGCUCUCUGGGUUGAAACGGGAGCUGCAGCAAGCAAAGGGAGUAGUAGUGUGCAUUAGGCAUAGAACAGGUUGCUGGAAAUGUGGAGCAUGUAAUAUUAAAUAAUUUGGUCAAAAAACAUUCAUAUAAUUGCCUUUAGACCGAAUGCUUUUAAAAUGGUAUAUUGCCCAUCUAUUAUUAUUUUACCAGAUUUUCCUUGUGCUUAUUUAUAGCGACACUUCAAGGGAUUUAUAAUUUUAAAUGUUUUCACAACCAGACCUAACGUCUUUUGAUGCCUCCCGUAUCUAUUUAUAUUUACUUACAAAUGGAACCAUAAGACUUACGCAGGUCGUGCUUGUGUUUCUAGAGAUGCCUCAUUGCCUAUAAAUAUUCUGUCUUUGAACACGAAGUUGCCAGCACAGUAACUUUUUUUAAAACAAAACUCAAUUUGAUUUUAACCAAAUUCUGCUAACUCGGCUUUUCUGUCGCUUUCACUGUUCUAUCCUGCCCGUGCCUGCAAUACACUUUUGUGCUCGUACAUACAUUCCUAUUUGCAACGACCGAGAAGUUAUUCCCUUGAAGUGACUUGUUUCCGUUGCCAAUCCAGGCAAAGUUGUGGGAAUAUUAUAUACCAGUUAUUCCUCAACUUGAGCACUGUGCUUUUUUUUUGUGCAAAGAAAAAAAGCUUGCGUGCACUUCAGAUUCAAGCAGAAUGCUACUGUAGAAACAUGCAUGCAACAAAACUCAAUUCAUUAUGGGUGGGCACCGCAUUUUGACAAAAUGGUGCUGUUUAUUUAUGCCGACAUGGAUGUGUAUAAUUUUUCAUGGUACGUACGGUAGGCACGCCCUUCCCUUUCUUGUGUCACUGUUAGCAUUUGCUCGUCUGUAACUUCUGGUAAAUGGUACACGUGUGAUUGCCAGCACUGGCAGGCAGAGGUCUCUGUAUUGUAUGGCAGCUUUGACUUGUCUACCUUCUUGAUGGCACUGGUGCAUUUGUACAUUCUCAUGAUGCAGGUUAGUAGGUCUGUACUUUUGACGUUGGCACUGACAGUUUGCUCAUAUUUCUUUUUUUUUAGUUCACCAGGGGGGGGGGAGCCUUAGUCCCAAAUUUACAUGCGAGUAUGUUAUGUAUGAGAGUUAGUGUGACCACACAGAUGUGGAUAGCAACUCAACAAUCAUGACAACUGAUUGUGUGUGUGCGCACGUGCACAUACAGAUGGGUAAGAAUAUACCAUAGGGGGUAUCGAGUAUCAUGGAGAUUCACUGAAUGCUUGUAUGGGAGGGAGGCACGGUAGCUACAAAGACUUACUGGGUUUAAUUAAGCAAGUAGCUAUGAUUGACAUAGGAACGGAAGGGGACCUGCUGUGAUUAGUGAAACCAUGGUUUAAGCUGUUAAAAAUAAGGAACCCAGAUAGCACCAUUUUGGAUCCGAGUAAAGCACCCUGGAGAGGUGGAGAGCAGGGUACCAUUUUCACUCUCAGAUUUUUCUUCUUGAGCAAAAAUAUUUGAAUUAUUUUCUACAGCUGUGAAACUGGAAACUCAGGUUUUAUUUAUCAUUUAGAUGCAGGUUUGAGUGGGAUCAAGUCUAGAAUUGAUGAGUAUUUGAGCGGGUUGGGAGGGAGGCAUGUGCCAUUGGGCUCAGUUUUCUGUGACUUAUGCAGUAACAUUGAAAUAUGCAUGUGGUCAUGUCUGUCAAGAAGCUGAUGGAUGUGUAAAAGUUUUAAUUUUUCAUACAUAACAGAAUGCUAGUUCACUGUAUAUUUCUGUAUCUCAUAGUGACUGUGCUGCUUCUGUGUAAAUAAAGGUGUACAGUUGAACUCUU